GCUGUUCGCGAACGAUUCAUCCGCACGAACCGUGGAGUCCGGAUUCACAACAUGAUAUAUAAAAGAGCGAAACGGAAGGGGAGCUUUACACUAUAACACAGUCCCCUUUUAUAUAUAUGUAUAUAUAUUUUAUUUUUUUCUCCCAUAUAGUUUACACGUCGGCAAAAGAUAAACAUGUGAGAGAGACAAAAGGAGAGUAAAAGAAAGAAGAACGGACUAGAAAAAGGCAGGACUUGAACGAUUCAGGUUUGUUAUGUUUGUCUGGACCAAGGAGGAGGAAAAGUAACACAGGGAACGAGAUACGAUUCAUCAAUGAGUUCGGUAACUAGGUAACUAGACAGUGCCAUACUGAUCCCCUUGGUAACGGGAACAGAACCGUUUUCUUUCUACCUCAUCCGUGAUGACCGAGGUGGGAGUGAAGUGGGCCUGCGACUACUGCACCUAUGAGAACUGGCCGUCCGCUGUGAAGUGCACCAUGUGUCGUGCACAGUGUCCCAGCAGCCCCAUAAUCACAAAGGAGACCUACAAUAACAGCCCCAGCAGUCUUAGUACGGAGCCUAGUUGUGGCUGGCAGGACCCUCCAAGCCCAGAGGGAAGCUGUGGUAGCCUCCUCAUCUACCCAGACUCCAGUGCCAGGCCCCGUGUCAAGCCCCCCAGCAUGGCUGAGAAUAGCUCCAAAUGGUCCUGUCAGAUGUGCACCUACUUGAACUGGCCCCGUGCCAUCCGCUGUACCCAGUGUCUGUGUCAGCGCCACCAGAGGACCCCAUGCAGCCCCACAGAGGCCCCCCAGACAUCAGGCUCCAAUGUGGGCCACCGCCCAGCCCCUCCCCCCAUGGACCCUUGUACAGAGGAGUACAACGACCGGAACAGACUCAACAGACUCAACACCCGAGGUGGUGGUGGUGGCGGUAGUAGCAGUGGGCAGCACUGGACUUGCACGGCCUGUACUUACCAGAACUAUCCCAAGACCCGGAAGUGCAUUGUCUGCGACCACCCACAGCCUCAACCUAACAACCGGGAGGCUAUUCCUAUAGAGCUGGCUGGGCAGUCCGAGGAGUCUCCCUCCUCCACAUCCUCAAUCAUCAAUGAACAGGACAGAGACGGGGCCAGGUGGAGAGGGAGUGGGGGGAGCUGCAGUAGAGGGCUGAGCGGGGGACAGAGACAGGGACUGGGACAGAGGAUGACUUCUCCACCCAGCUCUAAGAAGGAGGCGGAGGUAAAGAUGGACUUCCAGAGGAUUGAGCUGGCGGCCGGGGCGAUGGGCAGCGGAGAGGAGCAGCAUCGUCAUCCGGAGAACAUUGAUUUGAAGAAGACCAAACAGAUCAAGAACAGGAUGAGGAAAACUGACUGGCUGUUCCUUAAUGCUUGUGCAGGUGAGUGAGUGAGUGGCUAUUAUAGGAUCUAAGUUAAGUGUUUACUGUACAUAAAGUCUUCCUGUCUGUGAAUGGACAUUACAGACACGAGAUCAGGUGAAAAUGAAUGGAGCACUCUCGUUCCUGGCCACACUGCAGUAGUUCACCCUGGUUGUCACUAACUGGCCACGCUGCAGUAGUUUACCCUGGUUGUCACUAACUGGCCAAGCUGCAGUAGUUCACCCUGGUUGUCACUAACUGGCCACGCUGCAGUAGUUCACCCUGGUUGUCACUAACUGGCCAAGCUGCAGUAGUUCACCCUGGUUGUCACUAACUGGCCAAGCUGCAGUAGUUCACCCUGGUUGUCACUAACUGGCCAAGCUGCAGUAGUUCACCCUGGUUGUCACUAACUGGCCAAGCUGCAGUAGUUCACCCUGGUUGUCACUAACUGGCCACGCUGCAGUAGUUCACCCUGGU